AAAGGAAAAUAAAUAAUGAAUGGCUAUUCAUUCACUUCUACUACAGAGCCCCAUAAACUGAUUGAACUUUUCCACAACUUGUAAAAGACCAAACUGCCCUCAUCCCUCACAAUCCCUCCGAUCUUUCCCUCUCUGCAACUGAGCGCGAAAGCCCUAGAAUUCAAGUUUUCUUUCAAAUGACCAUAUUUAGCUCAAUUAACCUCAAUUGAAGAUGGCAAGAAACAACAACAACAACUAUAAUGAAGAGCCAAACACAGCUCCGGACCCAGAUCGCUGGUACAACAUAACUUUAGGCCCUUCCUUCAAAGACCACCAUAACCACCACCCUUCUCCAAAGUUCUGCACUUUACGUUAUGAGUUUAAACCAGCUUCAAUUGAUAAGAAUCAACCAGGAACACUACACAAGGGUAAAAAUAACAAGGUCAAAGUAGAGUAUCACAACAACCAAUAUGGGAAACCUAAAGUAACUUUUGAUGGUGUAAGUGAGGAUUAUAAGGAAAAUGAUGCUGUUUUGUUCUUUGAUGGCGAGAAUUUUCGCUUGGAGCGGUUGCAUCGUGCUGUCAAGCGGUUGAGGCAUGUUCGGCUUCCUGGUGAAUCUGCUGCUGCUGCUGCUGCCACGGCAGCUCCAGCUACAUUUGUUGCACCAGCUGUUGAAACAUAUUUGUCUUCCCCUAUUAGUAAAUUAACAAAUCAACAGUCUUUCAACAAAGACGUCACUCAUCAAAUACUAGCUCAGGUCGAACAGGCUGGCAUUGGUGACUCAGAGAGCUCAGGUGCAGAACUUAAGGAAGUAAAAAUUCUGGAGAUUCUGUCAAGUCCGCCUAAUCCAUCAGCUAUUAUACCAGAUGUUAAGGAUUCAGAAUCUGAGGGGGACUUAGACAUAGUUAAUGAUCACGAUGAUGAUUUAAACAAAAGAGCAAAUGUUUCUGUGAAAGGAUCACGUACUGGUCUUGACAUUGAUAUUAACUUGCCACAUCAAGCUGACACAGAUGAUGAGAUUGCUGAUGUAGAUAUAAGUGAUGAUGAAGUUGACAAGGGUCCUAAUGCUGCAGAAGCCCUUAGAGCUCAGGUGAAUGCAGAAGGAAGGAAAGAGCAUGCUUCAAGCUCAAGCACUAGCAGUGGAAGUGACAGUAGUGGAAGCAGUAGCGGAAGCGGUAGCGGAAGUGAGAGUGGAAGUGGAAGCAGGAGUGACAGUGAAAGCAGUGAUAGUGACUCAAUCUCUAUAUGAAGUAUGUUUACUUGGUGAGCUUAAUGACCCUGGCUGACAUGAUUGGUUACCUAUGAUUUAGGGCUCCUUGAAUUAUUAUACAGAUUGGAAAGAAGGGUAGGAUUAGUGAAUUUGGUCAUCGAUUUGCUGAUUAUGGAAUCUUGUGCCAAAUGUAACAAAUAGCUGUAUAUAAUUAGCUUAAGAUUUUAGACCACCUUCUUAAUGUAGUUGAGAUCAAUGUGGUUUUUAGAAGUUGUAGGAAUCAGUGUCUGUUAAAUUGGGCGGAUAAAUGCCUCCUGGGAUUGAUUUUAGGUCUCUAUGUGUAGAGGAAUGUACGUACACAGAAAUGUAAACUAUUUUCUGCAUACUGUAAUGUAAAUUAUUUCAUUUA